GAAUUUUAGCUUGCAUCCUGAGGCUAUCUUAUUGGCGUUUUGGAAAUUCGUGUUCGGAAAACUCAGUAUUUCCUUGCUCAAUCAAAACUCGUCACUCUUUAUUCCACAUGUGUAUGCAAAUGAUUAACAUAACUAUUACGCCUGCAAACUCCUUAAACACCUCACUUUAUAAACAGAAACACAAACUGGGAAUGGUUAAACCAGCAAAUACACAGACGCAGGAUACUCUUGAAGCUUCACUUCUCAGCGUAUCAAUCCAGAAAUUGAAUACGUAUCGAUCGGUGGCAGUGCGAAGUCCACCGACUGAAAGCAGACUACAUCAUCUAAACGUAGCGGUGGCCACA